AUGAGUAUCAUCAACAAAUAUUAUUGGACGCCUCAAAAAGGAAGAGAACUUGCCAUUAAAUAUGAAAAAAUUAUUUUAAUGAUAUCUCUAUUAUAUAUACCAUGUAUUUUAAUGCUACAGAAAAUAAUGAAAAAUAGAAAAGAAAAGAAUAUGAAAUAUUUAAAAAUAUUAUGGAAUUUAAGUUUAUCCUUAUUAUCUUUUAUAGGUGUAUUAUUAAUAACUAUAUAUGAUAAGAAUAUAUUGAAAUAUAUAAUUGUAGAAGAAUCAGAAUAUAGCCCAGAAACCCGAGCUGUUAUAACAAUAUUUACACUUACAAAAGUAGUAGAAUAUGGUGAUACAAUAUUUUUAAUAUUGAAAAAGAAAAAGUUAACUUUCUUACAUAGUUAUCAUCAUUUAAGUGUUGUAUUAUAUUGUUUAUAUUCUCAAAAGAUUUUAGUUUCACAUGCACAUUAUUUUGUAUUAUUAAAUUUAUUAGUACAUAGUAUUAUGUAUUUUUAUUUUGGGUUUAUAUAUAUAUUUCCUCAUAUAUUAAUAAAGAUAAGAAAGUUUAUAACAUGUCUACAAAUAUUUCAAAUGUUUGCUGGUAUAUAUAUAUCUUACUAUGCUAUUAAGAAUGUAGACAAUCCAUUAUUUGUAAGUAAUGCAAUAGGAAGUUUUAUUUUAUAUUUAUCAUAUGCUGUACUCUUUUUAAAUUUCUAUUUCUCAAAUUAUUAUAGAAAUAUUAAAAGUAAUGUAGCCACAUAUUUAAUAAGUGUACAUAUAUUAGCUAUUAUCGGAUUUAUAAUGAUAUGUAAAAGUAAAGAUAUCUUACGUUUAUUUAUUGAAGUGUCUAUAGGUUCUUUCUUUACAUUAACACUUUUAAAUUUAUCUUUUUAUAUUAAUAAACAUUAUUAUCAAAACGUAAGAAAUAGAAUAAUAGACAAUAAUAUGACAGAACAAAAAAUAUUACUCAGAAGAUAUAAAACAAAAUAUUAUUCUAAUAUGGCUCUCUUAAAAAUAAUUACUAUAAAGUUGAUAAAAACAAUUUUGUUGUGUUUUAAUGGUAUAGCUACAUAUGCUCAUGAUCAUAUUUUUCUCUUUGUUAAUUUUUAUUCACAAAAAAUUAAACAAAUGACAAAUGAUUCUGUGCAUGAUAUUAAUGGAAAAAAUGAAGAUUAUAAAAUGUCUAGUGAUAAUAAAACAUAUAAUUGUGACAAAAUAUAUAGUAAUGAAAAAAACGAAAAAGAUGAAUCUCUUCAUAAUGAUGACAUGCAAAAAGGUAUAAGAAAUGUAUCAGAUCAAAGGAUCUACAGACAUAGAAAUAAUUAUAAUCAUCAUAAUAAUAUGAAUUAUUAUCGAGUUCAUAAUACAUACGAACAAAAUAAGAAUAACAAAAUAAACUAUAUACGUACGUUUAUAAAAAAUAUAUAUAAUUCAUCUAUCAUUUUUUAUAUUAUAUCAAAACAACCUAAUGAAUAUAUAUUGUAUCCACAUUUAGAUAAUAGAAAAAGAGAAAAGAAAAAAAAAGUUAUAGAAAAUUCAAACAUGGAAUCAACAAAACUAACUUCGUCAUUAUCAUCAUCAUCCAUAAGUUUGAAACAGACACAUAAAAAUAUAAACCCUUUUUAUAUUAUUAAAUAUAUAUUUAAAAAUUAUUUAUUUUAUAUUGUUUCUUUGAUAUUACCAAUAUAUUAUGGAUUAAAGGUAUAUAACGAUGCAUUGUUAGGUUUAUGUGUUCAUGGAGCUUUAAGAUGGAUAAUCGAAAUACAUUCUACAAAAAUUUUUAAUAAAACAGGAAAAAUACAUUCACAAUAA